CAGAGUUGAAUUCAUAUACAAUGAACACUACAUUCAUUUCAGCCCCUCAUAUAUAGUGCACAUACUUUAUGUACAAACCAUGUGUUAUAGAUUGGCAUAUAUAGUGAACGCAUGCGUGCAUUAGAGCACACAUUAAUGUUUGGCUCAAGCCUUCAGUCUAUCAUCUUUUGAGUUGAAAUUAAGCGACCAUUUGAUCACUCGUUGGACUCAUUCCUCACCGACAAAGACAUUACCACUCAUACAGACAAUAGACACCACUCGGCGACAGCGAUGGCCCACACGAUAGUAUUGGUACAGACGGGCAAACCCGACACCAGGACUUACAGCGACUUCGAGUCCGUCAACGAUGCCAUGGAAGGCGUUUGUCAUAUCUAUGAACAGCACCUGAAGCGGACCAAUCCGGACACGCCGUCCAUCACUUAUGACAUCUCACAGCUCUUCGACUUCAUCGACCAGUUGACUGAUUUGAGUUGUUUAGUAUAUCAGCGCAACACCAAUACGUACGCGCCGUACGCCAAGGAGUGGAUCAAAGAGAAGAUCUAUAUUCUUCUUAGACGAGUGGCCAAUAAGUCAUAAACGCUGUCAUCACUACUCGUCACCACCGGAUCCCCUGUCCGACCCCUUCCUCUCCCAGACCUUUGUAUAUCUCUUUCAUACGUAUCCCUCUCUCUAUGUCUAUUCAUUGACCACUACUUCACUACUUCUGGAUUCAGUCCUUAAUCGCUGUUAUCGUCUCUCUGUUUGCGAGAAAACUCUUUGAAAAUAGUUUUUAAGACAUAAAUUU